CCAUAAACUCUCCAGUACUAAAAACUAUUUGUUUAAUUACUCUGGCAAUACCACGCCACAAGAAUAGCUAAACCAAAGAAAAAUGAAAAAAGGCUCGAGAAUUUUCCUCGCCAUGUACCUAACCUAAGUUUUAAUGAGAAAAAGGUACAGUCGGAUGGCGGCAGUUCAAAAAUUAAGAUAUUCAUACCUAUAAAAUAAAAACAAAUUGAAUUAUUUUGGACAAACACGGUUUUUGUUUUGGGAGAAAUUUGAUUAAUUUUGCACCAGAGUCUGCGCGCCGACAUAUUUUUAUUUUAUAGUUGGUGCUAAUUAAAAUUGCACCACGAAGACUCCAAUUAUGUUAACCGACAUGGAACACAGCUGUGCUUCAACGAAGUGUGAUUUGCCCGAUGACGAUGAGAUGGUUUCGUGUGAAACAUGCCGAAGGUGGUGGCAUUACAAGUGUGCGGAUUUUAACCCUACUUUAUUUGACACUGAUACUCCAUGGUUUUGUCGUAGAGAUGAUUGCGAUGAAAUUGGAAGUCAAAGUAAGGAAGAGAAUACACACACUGCAGGUGCCGCGGCAAGUAAUACUCAAAAUGAUGUUUUAGCUGCUGUGGAUGGAUUGAUUGAGGCGGCUAGGGUGGCCCAAACGAUCGUUGACAUGAGAGACCAGGAAAUCGCUUCUCUGAAAGCAGAAAUGGACACGCUGAAAGCGCAGUUGGUUGCAACAUCGUCAGUUGCAAGGCAAGAAGCGAGUUCUGUUCAUUCUGCAGAUUUGAAAAAGCUUGCUAGUGAGAGGCUCGAAGCGAUUCGACAAAUUGAUUGCAGACACAAGCAAAUGGUAGGUCCUGCUGCUGCCCACUCAACUCCUCUGUCGGGGCAGAAAGAUUGCAAUGUUAAAUUGCAAGAUGCGUCAAAAGACAGUUCGUGCCAUCAGUCAGAUAUGGCAAAUUUAUUGACGAUCUUGAAUCGCAGUCAAGUCCAGGAGUUGCCCUCUUUUUCGGGGCAGGAUAAUAAAGAAUGGCCGUAUUUUGAAUCGGUAUUCAUAUCAACAACAGUUGAAGGCAACUACAGUGCCAAAGAAAAUGUUGCUCGUCUAAGAAAGGCACUAAAAGGCGAAGCUUACAAUCUGGUGAGCGAUCGUCUAAGGUAUUCUACUGAUGCAAACGCCGUGAUGGACUCAUUACGUGCGAUUUAUGGGAGAGCAGAUGUUUUAGUGCACAGUCUCACCACGAAUCUGCUUAAGUUGCCGUCGUUGAGCUCACCGAGUGAUACAAAACUGCGUCAAUGGGCUGUGGUUCUGAAUGGAUUUGUUGCGGACAUCAAGUCGAUGGAUUUAAGUAAGGAACUAGACAACAAUUAUAUUCUGACAGAUCUAGCAAGUAGGUUGUCUCCUGGACAAUACCACGACUGGCAAAAACGAAAAUCCAAGAAGACGCACUCGAAUUUAGAAGAUUUCGCAGUUUUUCUCACUGAGAAACUAUACGACUUGCCACCAGAGUUAUCCAAAGCAACAAAGCAGUUAUCGUUAGACAAAGCAAGCGGCUCCAGUUCAUCACGGAAGGUCCUGACUCACCAACCAGUUAUACAGAGUGAAGAAAAAUGUGUUAAAUGUGAAAAAGCCAAACACACUUUAAGUGAAUGUGAAGAAUUUAAAGCUUUGUCUUUAGACGAUAGGUUCACAUUUGCUAAGAGCAAGGCUAUUUGCUUUAGAUGCUUAAAGUUAUCACCACAUAGAUGGAAAAACUGUUCACUAAAGAAGUUGUGUGGUAUCGAGGGCUGCUCGAAAAAUCACCAUCCGUUACUUCAUCCGUCAACAACGAAGCCAACCUUGAAUUCAUCGGCACAUCCUUUCGUUCCACCGUCGCAAAUUCAUUCGUCACAUCUAGAACCUAAAGCUCCAGUUAUGUUCAAAGUUGUUCCCGUUCGUUUAUUUGGGAACAAUAAUAAAUCUUUAGACACAUUUGCCUUUUUGGACGAUGGCUCAUCCAUUACGAUGGUGGAAAAAGAUGUUUUUGAUCUUUUGGACUUGAGAGGUGAACCAGAGCAGCUUACACUCCAGUGGACAAAGGGCGUUUCCAGAACUGAGGACUCUUUGCGUACAAAUUUACAUGUUUCUGGCAUAAAUAAACGUAAACGACAUUUGCUAAGGGACAUUUAUUCAGUGAAGAAUCUGGAACUGCCACACCAGAGUGUUGACGUUGCCGCUUUAAAGCAAAAGUUCUUGCAUCUAAGAGAUUUGCCGUUACCGAAUCUAAAUGAUGCAAGGCCGAAAAUAUUACUGGGGUUAGAUCAAGCUAAGCUUCUUGUGGGCAGUCGUCAGCGAUCUGGUAAAGAUGAUGAACCACAUGCGAUGAAGACUCUCCUAGGUUGGACCGUCUUUGGUACAACAAAGAUGGAAUCCAGCGUAUCUUGUAUUGGCCCUUCAAGAAUAGCUUCGAUUUCUUACUUUCAUGGAAUUAGCAAGCAAGAUGAAGAACUUCAUGAUAUAGUAAAACGUCAUUUCUCAACCGAGGAGUUUGGGGUUCGGCCUCUUAGCGGAAAUUUUGUUAGCCAACUUGACGCUCGGGCAUUAGAGGUGAUGAAGCGCACCCUGCGCUAUGUUGACGAUCACUACGAGAUUGGUUUGCUAUGGGCUUCCGAUGACGUUAAACUUCCUGAUAGCUACCCCAUGGCUGAGAAAAGACUUAUUACUUUUGAGAAGUCUUUGUUGAAGAGACCUGAGCUGUUGAAGUGGAUGAACCAAUACAUAAAAGAUUUAUUGUCCAAAGGUUACGCUAGGAUAGUUUCAGAUGAAGAGCUGUGUCAAGAGCAUCCGAGAGUUUGGUAUACACCUACAUUUGUGGUUGUGAAUCAGAAUAAACAUCCACCGAAGCCAAGAGUUGUUGCUGACGUCGCUGCGAAGGUGAAUGGAGUUUCAUUGAACUCGCAUUUAUUGAAGGGUCCAGACAACUUGGUACCUCUCCACGCUGGGCUGUUCAAAUUUCGCGAACGAAAAGUUGCUGUAAAUGCGGAUGUUCGAGAGAUGUUCCACCGCAUUAAGAUUUGUGAAGCGGACCAGCAUUGUCAGAGGUUUCUUUGGCGAGAUGGCGAUGUUUCUAGAAGGCCAGCAGUCUACAUUAUGCAAGUCAUGAUGUUUGGACCUUCAUGCUCUCCCACAUCUGCACAAUUUGUGAAAAAUCAUCAUGCGAACUUCUAUAAGCAGCAGUGUCCGGAGGCAGUUGAUGGGCUUGUUAACCGAACGUAUGUUGACGACUACUUUAAUAGUCACGACACGGUUGAAGAGGCUGUUGCUGUUAGCAAAGAUGCCAUUGAAAUCUGUAAGGCAAUGAACUUCGAGCUGGUGGGAUUUCAAUCGAAUAGUCGUGCGUUUUUGGACCAGAUUCCUGAAUCGAAUAUCAAAGCAAGCCUGGUGAGUAUCGAUCCUAAUGAGUCAGAGAGUUACGUCACAAAGAUUUUGGGAAUGUUAUGGCAGCCUUCCUCUGAUUAUCUGAUUUAUAAGCUCUACGAUGAAGAGUUUUUAAAGAAGAUGUCGGAUUCAAAUGCUAAUAUAUCCAAACGAGAAAUAUUAAGAACGAUUAUGAGAAUUUUCGACCCCCUUGGUCUUAUUUCCUGUAUCAUCAUCAGAGGGCGAUAUAUUUUGCAAGAGAUCUGGCGCGAAGGCUUCAAUUGGGACGAGUAG